GACGACCGCACGACCGACGAAUUUAUUUCCAACAGCAGCCGUUGAUUCUCAGCAUCACUCUCCGUACCCCUCUGCUGCUUCGCCUAAUAUCAUCAUGUGGAUGUUCAACUGGUUCUGGGAUGUGCUCUCCAGCCUGGGCCUGCUGAACAAGCACGCCAAGCUGCUGUUCCUCGGUCUCGAUAACGCCGGCAAGACGACGCUGCUGCACAUGCUCAAGAACGACCGCGUCGCGAUCCUUCAGCCUACGCUCCACCCUACCUCCGAGGAGCUCGCCAUCGGCAACGUCCGCUUCACGACCUUUGACCUGGGCGGUCACCAGCAGGCACGACGACUCUGGAAGGAUUACUUCCCCGAGGUCAACGGCAUCGUCUUCCUCGUCGACGCCAAGGACCACGAGCGCUUCCCCGAGGCCAAGGCUGAGCUCGACGCCCUCCUGUCCAUGGAGGAGCUGCAGAAGGUGCCGUUUGUCGUCCUCGGCAACAAGAUCGACCACCCCGACGCCAUCUCCGAGGACGAGCUCCGCCACCACCUCGGCCUGUACCAGACGACGGGGAAGGGCAAGGUGCCGCUGGAGGGCAUCCGGCCGAUCGAGGUCUUUAUGGUGUCCGUUGUCAUGCGCCAAGGAUAUGGCGAUGCCAUUCGAUGGUUGUCGCAGUACGUCUAGACGACGUGGACCGGCCCACUGGGCGGAUGGUGAGGAAGGGCGGUGUUUCUUACGAAACGGCCUCCCCCAUCGGACGACUCGGAAGUCUGCGUGAAGCUUGCAACCGAGUGACGAUGAUAGUCGGGGGCGUACAUGAUGAAAGGGGGAAUGUUGUAGACACGAAGAUUGGUGACGGGGGUUCAUAGCCGUGCUCCUAGGCUCCAUGGUUUAAGGGGGUCCUUCGGCUGGCAGUCAAUCAAACUCGUUCAUAGCGACGGGUUUUAGUAGAUUAUUGGAAUCGGAUGCGUUGCUUUGCGUCUUUUACC